AUGGUGGAUUUGAUGAAACAUCUCCCAUAUUUAAAGCCUGGGCAGGGCUAUAAAACGAAAAUGUAUAACAUUCUACUUCUUUUAUCUUUUGCGUUAGCUCUCCUUUUAUCACCAGCUGCAACAGUGAACGUUGCUGAGGAAAAUCACGUUCGAGUAAGACGAUUAACUCAAGAAAGGAUAGGAGUAAAGCUGGUUCCACGUUCGAUGGCACCACACAUUCCAGGCACAAGCCGAUAUGUCAUGGUACCUGUGUGGUAUGGACGAAGAAUGCCAGGUCCAGCUCAUUAA